GGACAGAGUUCGUAAGAACAGAAGCCGUGAUUGGUUGAAUGAGACGUCCUCGCUGCGCGGCUCUCAGCGUGGGCAUUGAGUGAAGAUGGCGACCUGGUGCGUGCGUGCGAUCAGACAGAGCUCCUCUAUCAUAGCGUCUCCUUCACUUAUAAGGGCGACUCCACGCCUCCUUUGCACAGCGGCCCAACAGAAAAGCCCAGGAAAUGGGACUGAAGAAGAGAAACCAGAGCCCAGUGCAGCUGAGAAAGCCUUUGUAGAAGAAAAGACGCAACUGGAAGAACAGCUAAAAGAUGUCACGGAUAAAUACAAGCGGGCACUAGCCGACACUGAGAACCUUAGGCAAAGGAGUCAGAAGUUGAUUGACGACGCUAAGCUGUAUGGAAUCCAGGGCUUCUGUAAAGAUCUUUUGGAGGUGGCGGACAUCUUAGAGAAGGCAACCGAAAGUGUACCAAAAACUGAAAUAUCCACUGCAAAUCCGCACUUGAAAAAUCUUUAUGAUGGCCUUGUAAUGACUGAGGUGCAGAUCCAAAAGGUCUUCCAAAAACACGGCCUGGUUAAGCUUAACCCUGAUGGUCAGAAGUUUGAUCCUUAUGAGCAUGAGGCUGUCUUUCAUGCACCUAUUGAGGGCAAGGAGCCAGGUACUAUAGCCGUAGUUACCAAAGUAGGCUACAAACUGCACGGUCGCACCCUCCGGCCAGCUCUGGUGGGUGUAGUCAAAGCCCCAUAACUGCUCAUACACGACAUGAUGGUUAUCGCCUGGUCAACUGAUCAGUUUCUGUAAUUUAGCUGGUCUUAGGUUCCACCAAUUUUUUUUUUUUUUUUUACUUGUUAAAGGUGCCUCUGAGAGGUGAAAUCCAAUAUAUUGACAACUGAAGGACAAUGCCAGACUAAUCUUUGGGAUUAAUAAUGAUUACCAAUAAAAAGAAAAAUCUUCAGUAUAAUAGCCGAGUGUGUAUGUGGUAAAAGAUUCAGAUUGAAUUGGCUUUAACAGCAUUCUCUGGAGGAUCAUUUUCAUUCUAGGGACUUCUGAGAUCUACCUUGUUGAAUACACUUAUAUUAAUUACUUUACUGAAGAACGUAGCCAGUUUGGUGACGUCUAUGAAAGCAGUUGUUCGAUUCCAGUUUCCUUUUUCAUUUUUUUUUCAGUGUUAUACAGGUUUUUGAAUUCGAUAUAUAAGAGAAUAAUAAGUCUUCUUUACAGAACUUGGAGUAAUAUUUUAUCUGAAAAAUGUAAUGUAUAAUUUACCUACUGGCAGUUGUACUUGAUGAAAUAUCACACUUCAGUGGACAGAUUGUAAUAACUACUGAUGUUUUGUGAAGAUCUGGGUAACAGAACGAUGGCCACCGAAGGCUGCUUGAGAGAUGAGUCAUGUAGAAAUGGUGGCUGUAAUAUGAAUGGAAUGAUGCCAUGCUAAUGGAAGAGUAUGAACAUCAGAUUUAAAAGGAUAACUUUUCCAUCUAUGUGAACAAGCAGACAACUGUCAAAUAAAGCUUGUACAUCUUCUCAAA